CAGCUGUUUCUUGCUCAUAAAAAUUUCACACCAUGUUAAGGCCCUUAUUGUCCUACAAAUACUCCUUACAACCUACUAGACAAAACAAAGGAAAAAAAUCAUUGUUUCUUCUCUUUUAAGUGCGGAAAUGGAAGAAAAUACUUAUGAGGUAGAAAGCGCUUCAACUCGUAGGCCAAGAUCAAUGGAAGAUGAAGAGGACAUAUCUCAACAAGAUGUUCAUACAGUAGGGAUGAAACUCCAGAGGGAUGAUCGUCAGGAGGAUUAUAGAGGAUCACAUACCGGAGAUAAUCAGGAGAUGAAGCCAACAAAAACUGAAGUUUUUGGAUGGCAUGUGUAUGGGAUGUGCUCCUACUUCAUUCACACUGUGUUGAUUCCAAUUGUUUUUCCACUCAUAGUGAGCCAGACUUUGUAUUGGCCACAACAGCCUCAGCUUGGCAUUGUAAAGAACGCCAAGGGAUUGGAGUGCAGACAAAAGGAAUUAGAACUGUAUGAAAUGCUAACAAAACACAGAAUAAAUCUCUCUGGUGUUGAGUACUCAGCACUAGAAUGGACCUCAAUAUCUUGGAUCAUUGGCCUAAUUAUAGCAGCACCAGUUCUUGGAUUACUUUCGAUCCACCUAGACUAUGGCAGGAACCAACAGCUCAUUGCAGCCGCAUCAACAGCCAUAGGAGCUUGUUUCUGUCUUCCGGCAGGAUUUUUCAAGACCAGAUGGAUCUUUCCACCCUAUAUUGCUGCUAUUGUUGCUGCCAAUACCAUUGCCACGUCCUGUCACGCCCGCCAUCUUGGCCUAAUGGUACGAGGCCUCGUUGGUUCACCUAUCAGAAAAAGCCAAUUUCCUGAUAGAAAAGCUGUUGCUAGUUGGCUUUCACUUCAUUCCACUGCAGCUGGCUGCUUAGGUGCUGCUAUUAUGUCUGCUUUUACUUAUCAUAUGCUCAGGAAGUCUGAUAGCUUUACUAGCUUGUGGGUUGUGUCUAUCUUUAGUGGCCUAAUUUGGUUUAUUGGAAUGUUUCACAUUGCUACCUCAAAUAGGCCUGGUCAAAACGCAAACUUGAACCCGAGUUAUGCUCCGAGAACUCAUGUUGUUUCGAUUUUCAAGUACCCUCAUGCAGCUGGAAGUCUUGGUGGAGUUUUCCUGUCAUCUUUCACAACAAUGUGCAUUUUCACAGCAGGGGUUCUUUAUUCGAUCGGAGACCUUUGCAUACCACCAGUAAACAUAUUAUACAUCUGGCUCACCUAUUUCAUAUUUCCAUUAGUGUCCCUUCCACUUACUCAUCCAUUCCAGCAACUAAUAAGGGCUGAUGCAGUGAAAAUGCAACUUCUUGGAUUCAUACUAUCAGCAAUAGUCUCAGGAUUCGGAUUCUACUAUCGCCACGACAAUUGGAAUAGAGUUCACAUAUUCAUUUUUUCUGCAGUACAAACAACUGCCACAGGACUGCUACAUGCAUUUGGUAGAGUCCUUUGGCUAGAUUGCUCACCGUCAGGUAAAGAAGGUGCUUUCUCAGUUUGGUUCUCCUGGGCAAGAGCCUUAGGGACAUGUGCUGGUUUUGCACUAGCAUCAAGUUCACCUCAAAAGAUUGAAAUGUCAUUUGGAGUUGCAUUUUGUGCUGCAAUUCUUGGAAAAAUCAUACUCAUCUUUGGGAAUAUCAGUAACUUUGGAGGUGCAAAAGCUGCUGGACAUGUUAAAGAGUAUAGUGAAAAAGGUUCCCCAGUGCCUACUAGCUUGGAUUUUGGUGUUGAAGUCAAGGAGCCAGUGUCAAUAGAAGUUCAACAACUAAAAAUUCAAGUCUAAUAAUGUAUUUUAAUGCUACUAAUAAUUUUUUUGUGCUUUUUUUUUGUUCAUUUUUUUGUAUGUUGUGUUGAUCUUUUUGCUUGGUCGUUUCAAAAGAACAUUUUUGCUUACAUUCCUGGAUGAACAAAGUGUAUGUAGAAUCUACUCAAUUCAGUAUGUAUCUUGGAUUUUAUCUCAAAAUUUAUCGUUCUU